UCCAGGGAAGCCUUGCUUGGCACAAAUAAGCCUGUGUGCCCCUCAAUAUCUUAGAAAGACAAAAAAAAUUAAAGCUCUAUCAAGUCUUCACUUUCUUCUUCAUCUCUGGUUCUUUCUUAUGCAUUUACUUCCUUUUGAUCAACUCCCUUCCUCUGCCUGAUUUACAUCUCCAAUAAUUCUCACAUCUCCAAGUUGUUCUUGUGUUUCUAAGAGCCUCUUUGUCUUUGCAUUUUGAAGAAUCAUUUUUUAUCAUUUUCCUCUGUGUUCAUACACAAAGAUACAUCUCCAUUUUAUAGAUUUGAUUGAUCUUCCUUCUCAUUUGCUCUGUUUUAUCCUUUUUCCACUUUUCAUCCUCUCAUGGAUUUCGUUGGGUCAUUUGUAAAUCUUAUCGACUCAAAUCUGAUUGCUCCCUUUGUUCAACAGAUAAAGCACUUUACAAGAUCCUCCGACAAUGUCAACGAAAUGGGACUUGUAGUUGGCGAUCUGAAGGCAACGAAGAAUGAUAAAGAGCACAGGUUGAAUGCAGCAAAAAAUGCUGGACAAGUCGAAACUGAAGUAGCAAGCAAUUGGUUCAAGGCGGUCCGUGAAAUCGAAAUGAAAGCUGAUGACAUAGAAAAGGAGUAUCAUCAAAGGAAGUGUGCAGGGGGUUGGUGUGUGAACUGCUGGUCACUCUACAGAUUAAGCAAGAGGUCCGUAAAUCUCAAGCAACAGGCUGAUCGUUAUAAGCUCAACGAAAAUUUUGAUGUGGCAAGGCCAGCUUCUCCAAAGUCUGUGAAAGAGAUUCCAACCGAGCCAAUAAUGGAGAACCAGCCAUCAACUGAACGCAUGCUGAAGCAGAUGCUUGAUUGCAUAUGUGAUCCAGAUCCACGUUUGGGCAUCAUUGGUUUAUAUGGUAUGGGGGGAGUGGGAAAAUCCACUCUGGCUGGAAAAGUAAACAAUCACUUCAAAGAUAGUUCUUGUUUCGAGGCUGUGAUAAUGGUUACGGUGUCCGCCACUCCCAACAUACAAACUAUCCAUACCAGUAUCGGUAAACGCCUUGGAUUAGAUUUAUCAAAGGAUAGUGAGGAUGAUGCAAGAGAAAAGUUAUUUGAUGCACUAGGCAAAAGGAAAUUUCUUCUAAUUUUGGAUGAUGUGUGGAGCAAAUUGGAGCUCAAGGUUGCUGGAAUCCCUCACCCUCGAAAUUCGAAAGGGAGCAAAAUUCUUGUGAUUAGUCGAAAUCAAGAUACUUGCAGUGUUAUGGGUGCUAAGGAAACAAUAAGAGUGCAGCCACUAUCAGAAGCCGAGUCAUGGAACCUAUUCGUUGACAAAGCUGGUGAACAUGUUGCUUCUGGUGAUAUAAAGCGCUUUGCCCGAAAAAUCGUUGAAAGGUGUAAGGGUCUUCCUCUUGCAGUUGUCAUUGUUGCUCAGGCAAUGGUAAAUCGACAUGGAGUCGGGUCAUGGGAAGAUGCCUUAAGGGAAAUGGAGCGGUCAGCGGCAGAGCUCCAAGGUAUGAAAGAAGAAGUAUUUGUUCCUUUAAAAUUCAGUUUUGAUAGAUUGGAAAAUGAUAUGCUUCGGAGUUUGUUUCUUUAUUGUGCCUGUUUCCCUGAAGACUAUAACAUAGACAUAGCGGGAGAUGAUAUGUUAAAUUAUUGUGUUGGAGAGGGAUUAUUAGAUAAAUUAGGGAGCUUGAAAGCUGCAAGGAACAAAGGUGAGUAUCUGAUUGAGAGCCUGAAAAUUGGUUGCAUGUUGGAAGAUGGAGAGUAUGAAGGUAGUGUGAAAAUGCAUGAUAUGAUGCGAGAGCUAGCAAUUUGGAUUACUUCUUCUUCUUCUUUGGAGUCCGGUAGUAGCCCCAAGUUCUUGAUAAAGACAGGAAAAUCUUUUAAAGAGGCACCACAGUCUCAUGAAUGGGUAGAUGCAACAAGGAUUUCUCUAAUAGAUACCCAAAUAGAGGAGCUGCCGGAGUUGGGAGAGAGGUGCCCAAAACUAACUACUUAUCUAUUCAGGCAGAAUGACAUCCUCACUAUUUUUCCCCAAACAAAUUUCUUGGAGCACAUGGAUCAUCUUAGCGUACUUGAUCUUUCUUACUAAUGGAAAUUGGAAUCUCUCCCAGAUUAUUUGUCAUGUUUGUUGAAUCUUCGAGUGCUUCGUUUUUCGGUGUGUGAUAUGUUGAGAGCAUUGCCUGCACUGGGAAUGCUUCGGCGGCUCCAAGUUUUAGAUUUGGGGUUCUGCCGAAGCUUGGACCAGCAAAUCAUCCUCCCCGAAGGAUCUGAAUGUGUUGGAGGUGUAAGUAAUUUAAGAUACUUAAAUGUGGAAAGGAGCAAGGUUACUAUUCCAGUGGGGGUAAUUUGUCGUUUGCAUAAAUUGGAGGAAUUGAACUUGAUGGGAGCGGAUAAUAUAAAAUGGAGGGUGAGUACUAGUAGUGCCUCUGAAGAUGAUGAAAACAAGUACAGGGAUGAGGACGAACACUAUCCCAUGAUCAGUACCAAUAUUGAUGUGGGGGAGUUGUCUCACUUGACCUGUUUAACAUCUCUUUCCAUUUCCUUCAAAGGUGUCAUUAUUUCUGCAGAUUGGUUCAAACCACCUUUGGCCAACAAGUUUGUGGAUUUGAAGCUGAAAAGUUGCACGGUUUUAGAACAAGACAACGCUCUACAGGCUCUCAAUGAAUCCCAAAAUCUGAAGUUUCUAUGUAUUGAGAAUUGCCCGGGUGUGACAUAUGUGCCCACUGUUGUUGAUGGUGAAGUUAUAAUACGGAAUUGUAAAGACUUUGAGACGGUGGUGUUUGAUGAUGGAGCGGCGGUGGUCUACCACAACCAAUAUUCUUUUGAGGCCUUAACCCUAAGGAUAUUGCCAAAAUUGGAAAGCAUCUGUGUUGGCGUCGCACCAUUAAAUUGCUUUAAUCGACUAUCCCGUAUGACGAUAUUCAGAUGCGAUAGAUUGAAGAUGAUCUUCACCAACGGAAUGCCACGCCUGUUCAACAACUUGAGAAUUAUUGAUGUACUGGAUUGUGAGAGAAUGGAAGUAAUAAUUGAAGAAGAAGAAGAAGAAGAAGAAGAAGAAGAGGAAGAAAUUGGAGUCAUCUCGCCGUUCCCAAGACUAGAACAUAUAAUCCUACAAAACCUACCAGCACUACAUGACUUGUGCAGCAACCACAUCUUGCAUUGCCCCUUUUUAAAAACUGUGCGGGUGAAAAACUGUCCGAGGUUAAAGAAGGAUCCUCUUCACAUGCGAAACGCGGACGGGUUACUUGUCAUAGAGGAGGAGACACAGCGGUGGGAAGGUAAGGUCAUGGAAGAGGAAAUUCAAGAGACUAGAAGAGAGUAAUUGUCUUCUCUCUCUGUGACAUGUACGUUAUGUGAGAGAAACAUAACGAAUCCUUCUGGCCGGGGAAUUCUUAUUGGCAUGAAGGAGGCAAGGGACAAUGGAUAGAGAAUCGGGGAGAUUUGGAGCGACUAAGAAGAUCUUGGAGAACUAAUUUCUGAUUACAAUACCAGUUCAAGGCCUUGGAGUGUAAUUCCCCUUUUUUUGGAUGUGUAUAAAUUUUUGUCUAGCAUUAUUUUUUGUUUCAGACCCACUAACGAAGUGGUACUAGUAAUGCAUAGGAUGGCACAUAUGAUAAUAGCAAAAUGAUCUCAGUUUUACAACUUCAGAUCAUACAAUGAUGUAACUCGCUUUCUCUCUACUUAAUGAAGGUUUUUUCCUUCUUAUCGAAGAAAAAAAAUAAUAAUAAUUAUUGGUAA